AUGGGCGUUGUCCGGCUAGCGAUCUGUAUAGGAGGGGUGUACGCGGCGUUCCUCCUUUGGGCUGUCGCGCAAGAACGGUUGUCCACACCCUUCCCUUCGACCGCAUCUUCAUCUUCGAAAGGCGGGCAUCCCAGUUCUGGAUCGUCAGAAGGGGACCGCUUCCCCUCCCCUUUAUUCCUCAACUACGCCCAAUCCCUUGCCUCCUGUCUCUCCGCCCUCACCUACCUACUCUUCAACGGCUGGCGCUCGGGCACUCUCUCUAGAGAUGGAUUAUGGGAGGUCCUGGUGUCGCCCAUGCCGAAUGGGGCCGCACAGAAAGAGAGAAUAGGGGUGGAUGGGAAGGCGGUAUCCGAGGGGUUGAGGAUGGAGAAGAAGGAGACUGUCGAUGAGCAGGCAGCGAGGCUACGGAGAUCACUGCCGGCUCUGCUUCUUCAGGUGUCGACGUUCCAGACUAUUGCUGGGCCGAUCGGAUUCCUGGCGUUGAGGCAUAUCUCUUUUCCGACUAUGGUGCUGGGCAAGUCCUGCAAACUCAUCCCCGUCAUGCUCCUUAACGUACUCCUAUACCGCCGCCGCUUCUCAUCGCACAAAUACGUCGUCGUCGCGCUCGUCACCGCCGGUAUAUCAAUAUUUAUGCUGCUAGCGCCAAAGAAGGCAGGAAAGGGAGGUGGAUCAGAUAGUGCAUGGGGACUAUCGCUACUUUUGUUCAAUCUGAUGGUGGACGGCCUGACCAACUCGACGCAGGACCAAAUCUUCACGCUCUAUCCCCACUACACCGGACAACAAAUGAUGUUUCACAUGUCACUACUUGCUCAGCUUAUCCUCCUCCCCCUCAUGCUCCUCCCGCUACCCUCAUCGCCACUCUCUCUCCUCCCCCGCCUCCCCAUCAUCGCAUCCUAUCUCCCACCACCCUCUCUCGAUGCACAUCUCGCCCUCGCCCCUCCUGCCGCGGUAACAUCGAUCAACUUCCUCAUCACCCAUCCAACAGCCCUAGCGCCUCUGCUCGCAUAUGCACUACUAGGCGGUCUCGGUCAACUCUUCAUAUUCGAGACAAUCCAGCAUUUCGGCAGUCUGACAUUGACAAUGGUCACGGUCACUCGGAAGCUGUUUACGAUGCUGCUCAGCGUGCUGGUGUUUGAGCACAAGCUAUCGUUGGGGCAGUGGGUGGGCGUCGGAGUUGUGUUUGCGGGGAUAGGUGUAGAGGCGGGUGUGAAGCGGAGAGAGGUCAUGCGGUCUUCCAGAAGAGCUAGAAGAAGCUAG